AUGGCGAACACCGUCGACGAUGACGCCGAUGCGGUGUUGAGCGAUGUGGAAGCGGAAGAUCCGGUGCCGAUCGUAAUAAAAAGUCCGAGUCAAGAUGAUAUUCCCGUUGAGAAAUUCCGUGAGCUCCUCGAUCGCGAGCGAGCCGCGCGGGAGGCAGCCGAGACUUCGAAAUCCGAACUACAAGUGUCAUUUAAUCGAUUAAAAGCUCUCGCGCACGAAGCAUUAAAAAAGCGAGACGAGUGCUCGAGGCAGAGGGACGAAGCGCUGAGAGAAAAAGAAGAGGCGUUGAAAGCUAACGACAAAUUAUCGAAUGAAUUGAUUCGAGUGAACGGGUCGAAAGAGGAGAUUGAGAAGAAAUUCGAUGAUUUGCAAUCGGAGAUUGGGAAUUCUACGCAUAUGUUAGUUAGUGGAAUUGAUAAGAUAUCAGGGAAAGUUAGUAAUUUCAAAAACUUCGCCGGGCCAGGAUUGCCUAGGUCGCAGAAAUAUACUGGAUUGCAGGCGGUUGCCUAUGGAGUUAUUAAGAGAACGAAUGAGAUUGUUGAGGAGCUUGUUAGGCAGAUUGAUGUUACUGCCAAAGCUAGAAAUGAUGCCAGAGAACAGAUGGAGCAGAGGAAUUACGAGAUUGCCAUUGAGGUUUCUCAGCUUGAAGCUACAAUUAGUGGAUUGAGAGAUGAAGUUGCCAAGAAAACGAACUUGAUUGAGGAGUUCGAGAAGAGUAUGGCCGAGAAAGAGGGUAAAGUAUCGGAGACUGAGAGGGAGAUGUUGGAGAAGAUGGAUUUGGUGGAGAAGGAAGCAUCGGAGAUGAGGGACUUAGUUGGUGCGUAUGAUGAUAAGUUGAGGAAGUUGGAGUCGAAGAUGGAAUCACAUAGACCUUUGUUGUUUGAUCAGUUGAAUUUGGUGGCAAAAAUACAUGACCGGCUUUAUGAUGUCAUUAAGAUAGUUGAUAGCAAUCAUUUGGAUUCCGAGGUGUCAGAGUCCUUGUUUCUCCCCCAACAAACGGACGUGGAGGAGAAUAUACGUGCUUCUUUAGCAGGGAUGGAGUCAAUUUAUGAGUUGAGUCGAAUUGUUGCUGAAAAAACAAGGGAUUUAGUAGAGGAGAAGAAUAGUGAAGUAAAGAAUUUGAAUGAAACAGUGGGUAGAUUAGUGAAGGAGAAAGAACAUAUUGGUUCUUUACUUAGGAGUGCCUUAUCGAAGAGGAUUAAAUUAGAUCCAUCCUCCAAAACGAGUGAGUUGUUUCAAGUUGCCGAAAAUGGUUUAAGAGAGGCUGGGAUAGAUUUCAAAUUCAGUAAAGUCCUUGGAGAUGGUAAGGUAUCUUCUGAUAAAGGUGGUUCGCCAGACACUGAGAGUGAUGAAAUAUACACUCUGGCUGGCGCUUUGGAGAAUAUUGUGAAGGCAUCUCAGCUUGAGAUCCUUGAGCUGCAGCAUUCAGUGGAGGAACUAAGGACAGAGUCAAGGUUACUGAAAGAACAUGUAGAGGUUCAAGCCAAGGAACUAAGCCAUAGAAUGCGCAGAAUAGAGGAGCUUGAAGAGAAGGAGAGAGUGGCAAAUGAAAGCGUUGAAGGACUUAUGAUGGACAUUGCUGCUGCAGAAGAAGAAAUUACGAGGUGGAAAGUAGCAGCUGAGCAAGAGGCUGCUGCUGGUAGAGCCGUUGAACAAGACUUUGUGGCUCAGUUGUCGACAGUUAAGCAAGAACUUGAAGAGGCAAGGCAAGCCAUGUUAGAAUCAGAGAAGAAGUUAACAUUCAAAGAAGAAACAGCAGCUGCUGCAAUGGCAGCAAGAGAGGCUGCUGAGCAGUCAUUGAGAUUGGCUGACAUGAGGGCAUCUAGGCUGAGGGAUAGGAUAGAGGAGCUCAGCCAACAGCUGGAAGAGUUCGAAACUCGAGAAGAUUCGAGGGGCCGAAAUGGGCCUCGAUAUGUAUGUUGGCCUUGGCAGUGGCUUGGGAUGGACUUUGUAGGCCAUCUCAGACCUGAGACACAGCAACAGAGUUCAAAUGAAAUGGAGCUUUCUGAACCCCUCCUAUGA